AUGGCUACCAGUGAGCUGAAUCAGUUUUUGGAAAAUGUUGAUGAGAAGGUCUUAGAGUGUACCAUAUGCUUCAAGAGACUUCAAAAUCCUAAAUCUCUCAGUUGCCUCCAUAGUUUCUGUUUGGCAUGUCUGGAAGAUUGGGUUAAGGAGAAGGGUAAGCUGACUUGUCCAACUUGCUCAAAAUCAUAUUUCAUUCCAGAUGGUGGGCUUCAGAAGCUUCCACCAAAUACAUUUUUAAAUAACAUAUUAGAAACUAUUGAACACUUUUUGGAAAGAGAUCAGAUAAAAUGCAUUUGUGCAAAUGGACAGGCAAAAUACUACUGCCAGGAAUGCAGACAUUACUUGUGCUCUACUUGUACUUACCAUCACCAAAAACUUCCGAUGUUAGCAAAUCACAAGUUACAUUCAGUGGAGAAUGUGCGAUCCAUGAACUCUUUACAGAUUGCAGCAUUACAACCUCCGCUGUGUUCACUUCACAAUGAGCCUUUAAAAUUGUUCUGCUGUGUUUGCAAUAUUCCCAUAUGCACAGACUGCACAUAUACCGACCAUGAUGCAUGGGAAGGCAAUCACAAACCAAUCAGCAUUUGUAAAGCAUUUCAAAUAUUUAAAGACACUUCACCAACAUUGGAGAAAGCUGCCAAUGACUGCAAAAACAAAUUACAAGAUGGACUCAAAGUGAUUAUUCAGAAUGUUACGAACCUAGAGCAAAGCAAAGAUAUAAGUUUGAGCGAUAUUGACAAUCAUGUACAAGAAAUGGUCAAGAAAAUUAAGGAGAAUGCAGACAAAUUAAAAAGCGCAGUGGAGCAAAUUUAUAAAAAUAAAAAGAAGGUGUUAGAAAUACAAAUGGAUGAAAUGAAAAUAACAAUAUCUGAUAUAAAUACAAAACUAAGUUUUCUUAAUCAGUUACUGAAAAGUGAUGAAGCUACAGCAAUGCAAUCUAGUGAAAGCGUAAUUACAUCACUGAAGGACAGAAUUAAUGAAUUGCCAAAAAUAGAGCCAGCUGAUGAUGGAGAAAUUCACCUCUUUUUAAACAAACACCAAAUUGAUUGUUUCCAACAAUGUGAUAUUGGGUAUGUAUCACACAAGAGCGCAGCAGACUGUCUAGAAUUAAAGGGAGAGGAAUCUGUGACCCAAGGUCAGACAAUUAUUGCCACAAUAAUGAAAACAGAUGAAUGUGAAAUAUAUGCAAAUCAACUGAAGGCAACAUGGACACUGCCUACAGGAGAAACCAACAUCACUCAUGUUGAAAAAAUUGACAAUGGAGAUUAUUUUGUGACAGGAAAAUGCACAACUUCAGGUGUUUGCAAACUAGAUGUGAGUGCUGAUGGCAAACAAAUUAAACAGUCACCAAUGAUGAUUAAAGUAGAGAAAGAAGGAUUAGUAAAUACUAUUGAUAUAAACACAGAAUAUGUUUUAGAUGCAGUUAAGUGUGAAGAUGAUUGCUUACUUGUUUCAUGUCGUACAAAUGAAUUACUCAAGUACAAGCAAUCAGGAGAAUAUAUUGGUAAGGUUGUAUUACCACAAUAUGUGAGAGUUAACAGAAUGUACAAAAUGAAGAAUGGUGACAUUGCAUUCAGUGAUACAGAUAAUCAGUGUAUCACAAUAAACAAUAUAAAUGGUCAGGUGAUCAAAUCCAUUGGUCAAGAAGAUUUAAUAAGACCAUUUGGUAUCCAUGUGGAUGAAGCGGCAAAUGUUGUGUAUGUAGCAGAUUGGAAAUGUAACUGUGUGUUCAUGUUUGACAUUGAUAGUGGCCAAAUGAUGAGGAAGAUAGGGUCACCAGGCAAUCAAGAAGGUCAAGUAGGUACAGUCACUGAUGUUACUCUUACAAAUGAGGGAAAUAUUCUCAUACUGGAGAAUGAAAACAACAGGUUACAAUUAUUUGAUAAAGCUGGAAGGUUCAUAAAAGUCCUUGUUGAAGCAGGUGAUGAGAAUGGUAAGUUGAUAGAUCCACGUGGAGUAGUAGUUGAUGAGGAUGACAACAUCAUUAUAUCAAGUUGUCACAAACUACAGCUAUUCAGUAGUGAUGGAAAUUUCAUUAAAAGAAUUGAUAAACCAGAAGAUGGAAUCAACAAUCUAAGGGGAUUAUCCAUAAUUUCAUAUUAUCCACACAGACUUGCAGUAGCCAAAAAUGGUAACAAAGGUGUUGACAUAUUCAACUAUUAAAGAUAAUGAUACAGUAGUCUGCUGCCACAUAUUUUUGGUAUUGUGUUUGCAUUAAAUCUAAAAUUUGGCAUAUAGUAAAAAAUGAACAUCUUUAGUUUUUUUGUU